AUGCCCCCUACAACUUGCGCGAAGGCCCUUCAACUUUGGCAGGAGAAACACGAGGAUGCGAACCCUGAGGAGGCGGAAGUGAUCAAGCUGAUGUGUCUGAUCCCACCGAUCGAGAAGCUAGAUAGCGCCCUCAAUACUUUAGUCAACGUUAAACACCUAUCGCUCUCGACUAAUUGUAUAGACAAAAUGAUUCCUCUUCCUGGACUAAAGAAUCUGCAGAUUCUCUCCCUUGGGAGAAAUCAGAUUAAGAAGAUCAUGUGCUUGGAAGAGGCCAAAAAAUUUCACAAAAUUUCGAAAAAUUUCAAAAAACUUUCCUCAAAAAAUCAAUAA